AUGGUACUAAUGCCUUUCGAGCUCUUGCAUAUUCCCCUCUACGGCCUUGUGGCUGGGGUUGUCGUGAUUGCUUGGUCAUUAUCGAAGGCUGCACAAACCUUCCAAAGAUGGAAGUACGCUCGUGAGCACGGCUGCCAACCUCCACACUCUGUGUCCCACGGCUUGUUCGGUCUCGGCAUGGCCAUGGAACUAGCCAAAUCCGGCCCGGAACAUAGGUUCCUCGAGCUGAUUCGCGGCUGGCAUCGAAGUUACGGACCGACAUUCAAGGCGAGAGUAGCUAAUCGAAAUAUUAUUUUCACCGUCGAUCCAAAGAACAUACAAACAGCGCUCGCGUUGAAAUUCAAAGAUUUUGGAGUUGGUUCGGCUCGACGAGGUGCAUUCCGUCCACUCAUGGGCAAAGGCAUAUUCGGCGUAGACGGUAGCGAGUGGGAACAUGCACGGGCUCUCCUCAGGCCUAAUUUCUCGCGCACUCGGAUUAACGACACUGAAUUAUAUGAGAGCCACGUUGCCGAGCUCAUCGAUCGGAUCCCCCGCGACGGGUCGACCGUGGACCUGCUCCCACUGUUUCUCAACGGAACACUCGACACCGCUACCGAGUUUUUGUUCGGAGAGUCUGCCCACUCCCAGCGCGGAGAAGACUCUUCUGUAGGUGUCGAGUUUGCGAAAGCCUUCGGUGUAGCCCAGUACAUAGCUGGCAUACGCUUCCGACUUGGGUUUUUGGGGGUGUUCUACCGCAGGAAGGAAUACAUCAAAUCCAUCAAGGUUACCCGCGCCUAUCUCGAGAGGUUUGUACAAAAGACCAUCGAGUAUCGUGUCGCAGUUAAUAGCGGUCAAGAUGUUGACCAGGAUACCAAGCGGUUGACUGAAAGUCGAUAUGUGUUUUCCUACGAGCUGUCGAAGCAGACACUUGACAAGACCAACAUAACAGACCAGCUAUUCAGUAUUAUGUUUGCUGGUCGUGAUACCACCGCCAAUCUACUGGGCAUUUUAUUCUUCAUCUUGGCUAGAGAGCCUGAGGUGUGGACCAGACUUCGAAAAGAGGUGCUCACUUUGGAUGGACGAAAGCCAUCAUUCGAAGAUCUGAAAUCCAUGACUUACCUGGGCUGGGUUCUGAACGAGACUCUGCGUCUAUACCCAAUCGCCCCCUUCAAUAUACGGGAGGCCAACAAAGACACCUAUCUUCCCGUCGGCGGUGGCCCGGAUGGAAAAUCCCCUGUUCACGUAUCCAAGGGCCAAGAGGUUAUCUUUAGCGUAUACACACUGCACCGCGACACCGAAGUCUUCGGACCCGAUGUGGACGAAUUCCGCCCAGAGAGAUGGGAAAAGAUCAGGCCCGGUUGGGCGUAUCUUCCUUUCAAUGGAGGUCCUCGGAUCUGCAUAGGCCAGCAGUUCGCGCUGACGGAAGCUGGAUACACUAUUACUAGGAUUAUGCAACGCUUUGAGACGAUCGAAAAUCGCGACCCUAAUCCCUGGACGGAGGAUUUGGGAUUGACGUUGUCAAGUGCGAACGGAACAAAGGUUGCUCUGACACCUGUUCAGGAUUGA